GCGCUGCAGGCGCGUGCAGGAUUCGCCGCCUCGUACCACAAUCCCCAAACCGCUGCCCUAGCCCGGUUCCGCAGACUCGACGGCGCUUCCUCCAGCCUACCCGUGGCGGCUGCUACCCACCGCGAGAAUCGGCGGCGAACAGGCGGCCAGUGAGCUCCAUCUGUUUCUGGCGAUUUGUUUUCCAUGGAUCAGGACAUACGUCUUGUUUUUCCAGAAGUUCGAAAAUGUAUUGCGCGUAUUUCCUUUUGUCGGGAGGGCGAGACAAAGGAGUUGAGGCAUAUGGUAAUUCCUGGAAUCGUCGUUGCAGUUGAUACGGAUGGAUCGGCUACGAUAGUUGCAAACCCUGUGUUUUUUAAGAUGUGCCCUGAAUUCAAAUUGAGUUUUCCAAAUGAUACUGCCGCCGGUUAUGAAAAAGAACGGAAGCUUUUCUCCACUAUGGUGGAUUAUCGCGACAAAUUUUGUACAUUUAAGCUGAAACCGGAAGUAAAUGGAUUUGUGCAACCAGCAAAGAUUGAGACUAAGCCCUUGAAAGCUGCUGAUUAUGCUGAUGCCUUCAUAUUUCCACGGAAAGACUUUAUUACACCAGCUGCUUAUUGCAAAGGGGGUGUCGUGAAUGGAACAGAAGCAAAAACAGAAGUUAUGCUUGAGAGUGCAUCUCAUGAGUAUGCAUAUCUGGGGUCACCAAUAUUCAAUAGGAAUGGUGCCCUCGUUGGAAUUAGUUAUGCUGAUAUUGGUUGUUUGAUCGCGUGGACAACGCAGGAAUUACGUGAUGAUGUGCUUAAACAUCUGAGUGGCAUUUCGUAUGUCUCGGAUGGAAUUCCAGUGGAACAAGCCCCUGUGCAGCAAAAUUAACACAUAUUGUAGCAGAUCCAAGCUGAGAAGAUGUGAGAAAGAGCUAAAGAGGUUGAAGUCCGUGGAAUUGAAUGAUUAAUGGACUGCUGGUCUCUUUUCUUGCUGAAAAUUUGAAGUUGCUAACUUUUGGAAUGUAAUUUGCACUAGUGUGGUGCUGGUGCUGGUGCACAUCUUAUUCUUUGCACCUUUUUGCUUUGUUUAAUUUCACUUGUGACUUGAGGGACUAAGUAAUUGUAUGAAUGAUGUGUUGAUCUUGAUGCUUCUUACACUAUUUUAUGAAA